AAUAACCCAUAAACGAAUGUUGGAUAUGAGUCGAAAACAACAGUUGACGUCGUCAUUCAUCGUCCACUAUUUUUCUACCAAAACACGCAAGAAUUGAUUCCCAGAAAGAAAGAAGAAGAAUUGGGUAUUCUUGAUUCUUGUAGAGAUGCUAAAUUGUAGUUUUGAAUUUCAUAAUUGAUUUGAAGGAAAAAAAUGUUUGGAUGCAAAUGCUUCCGUUGGAGUAAAAUUUCAGAUCUUUCUUCCCGAGAACCUGAUACUUUUCUCCUCCCAGAACCCAUCCCUCAAUGGCCUCAAGAAGACUUGAAAUAACUCUGCAGACUGAUUUGGCAAUUUGCUGGAUCCGUUAUCACGAAACUUGGAAGUCACAAGUUUCAACUUGAAUCCACUAAAUGAAAUUCUUAAGAGUUGGGAUAAGUUCGUAUUGGAUGGUUUAGGAUACUUUCAUGUCUCAAUUGUCUAGGUUCUUGGACAUGCUUUAGUUUUCUCGGUCGCUUGAUAUGAUGUGUCUGUUUAUGGGUUGUCGAAUCAGCAGUGUACCCCAAUAGACUGUUAGAAUCUAUGUUGUUCGGACUCUUCAAAAAUGUCAACGGGUGCGUGUUGGAUUCUCCAAAAGUAGUGUAUUUUUUGGAGACAGACACGGAUGCAACAUUGAAAGUGAAGAGACCGUGCAACUUAGGAUGUUCAGGUACAGGAUUCGCUAGUGGAACAAUUAAACUAGGGGAAUUGGAGGUUCAUAAAAUCAGCAAGUUUGACUUUGUCUGGGGUUGUAAUCUGUCACAAGAUUGGAAACAGGGUGUUAGCUUUUAUAAGCCAAGGGGGGUGCCUGAUGGAUUUUUCAGCCUUGGCCACUACUGCCAAUCUAACAACAAGCCUCUACGAGGGUUUGUGCUUGUUGCUCGGGAAGUGGCUAAACCUGAGACAGGAGAGCAUUGCAGUGGAAAUCCUUGUUUGCCUGCGCUUCAGAAUCCCCUUGAUUACACGUUAGUCUGGAGCUCUAAUGAUGGAACUGAAGAAAAUUUUGAUGGAUGCGGUUACUUUUGGUUACCUCAACCACCUGAAGGUUAUAAAGCCCUGGGGUUCAUUGCCACUACUAAGCCUGUUAAACCUGAGUUAGAGGAAGUCAAAUGUGUUCGAGCUGACCUCACUGAUGAAUGUGAAACUUACCGCUUAAUACUUAAAACCAGCUCAGUGCUUUCAGAAGUACUGGCAAUUUGGAGCAUAAGACCGCGGCAUAGAGGAAUGCAUGGUAAAGGUAUUUCAAUUGGUACCUUUUUCUGCAGUAGCUAUUGGAGCACAGGGCAAGAGCUAAACAUCGCAUGCCUAAAGAACUUCGAUACGAGUCUACAAGCAAUGCCAAACCUUGAUCAGAUUCAUGCAAUCAUUAGGCACUAUGGUCCUACUUUGUUUUUCCAUCCCAACGAGGUCUAUCUUCCAUCUUCUGUACAAUGGUUCCUUGACAAUGGCGCAAUGCUCUAUACAAGAGGCGAUUCAGUUGCUAAGCCCAUUGAGCCUGAAGGUUCCAAUUUACCUGGUGGUGGGACGAACGAUGGCCAAUGUUGGAUUGAUUUGCCAAGCGAUGUCCGCAGGGAUAUUGUCAUAUUUGGAAAUUUAGAGAGUGCAAAACUUUAUGUUCAUGUUAAGCCAGCCUUAGGUGGUACUUUCACGGAUCUUGCAAUGUGGAUUUUUUGCCCCUUCAAUGGGCCAGCUACUCUAAAGGUAGGAGUAGUGAAUGUUUCUCUAAGCAAAGUCGGUCAGCAUGUAGGUGAUUGGGAGCAUUUCACUCUCCGAGUGAGCAAUUUCACAGGAGAGUUGUGGAGUAUCUAUUUUUCUCAACACAGUGGUGGUGAAUGGGUGGAUGCUUAUGAUUUGGAGUUCAUUGCAGGGAAUAAAGCAAUUGUUUAUUCAUCAAAGAGUGGCCAUGCUAGCUUUCCUCAUCCUGGAACUUACAUUCAAGGAUCCUCAAAGCUAGGGAUUGGAAUUAGAAAUGAUGUUGCACGUAGUAAUCUCUAUGUAGAUUCAAGUACCCAGUAUGAAAUUAUUUCAGCACAGUAUCUCGGACAUGAAGCUGUUAGUGAGCCAUGUUGGUUACAAUACAUGAGAGAGUGGGGUCCAACCAUUAUUUAUGACUCAAGAAAGGAGCUUGAGAAAAUUGUUAAUCGCUUGCCAAUAAUGGUUCGAAAUUCAGUACAGAGUAUCUUUGAUAAGCUGCCAAUGGAACUGUUCAAGGAGGAAGGCCCUACUGGGCCAAAGGAGAAGAACAAUUGGUUUGGAGACGAAAGAUGGUAGCACAUUUCUUUGUCUAUGGGUAUCUUAAUCUUGCCAUUGGCUUGUUGUAACAUUAUGUACAGAUUCAUAUUACUCUAGGACUGGGCUUUGUAGUUGCUUUAGUUUAGCAAUUUGUGAGGACGGACUACAUUAUGGAUCCCAACAAGUUCAUAGUCCAUAGCAGGAGUUAUGUUGAUUAUUUGGUUAUCUACAGAAGGAAAGCAGAACACACUACUCAUAAACCAAAAGGGAAUCAAGAACGCGGUAAUCCUUCACCUUAAAGCAAAUUGAUUCUUGUUAUCACCAUUUUGUUCUGCACCUAUCACCAUGUGCUGCUUCUCUUUCAUUGUGGCAUCAGAUUGUCCUUUAUGAGCUGUGCAAAGUUUAAUGAGGACAUUCCUCAAUCCAAAUCCUAAACUUCAUUGCAAUUCAUGCCAUCUUUUCUUCUCCAUGCGGGCAUCCUUUACUGUCUGAGCAAGUCAUGCCAGUUUAAUGUUUGGCAUUGGCAGUCUGCCCGUGCAUCCCUCUAAUCUUAACAGGUAAGAAACUUGGAGAAUGAUCAUUUGGUUCGAAAACAAAGUCAGGGAUUAUUUAGUGUAUAUGUUAUUUUAGUGAAUCUUUAAGUUCAUUGCACUUGUAUAUACUGUGUACAUAUAUUAAUAGAAGUUCACAAUUUGAACCUUGUUUUCGAAUGAAAGUCAUUAGAAGAUACAAA